AUGCAUGAACGAACAUUUUUUACCUAUAUCAUCUGUUUAGGAUCAACCGCAGGAGGUGAACAUUUAUGUUUUAUGGGUUCUGGUCGUGAUGAAGAAGAUAAAUAUGUUCGCAUGGUUGUUUCUUAUUUUCUUCGACGAAAUAUAAAAUAUGUUAGCAUUGCGUCCGGUGGUUAUAGAGUUCUUACUAAAGCAAUCGAAGAUCCAUCAAUGAUAACUAAAGCAAAACAAAAUACAACAAAACAUGAUGAAGGAUCUAUUGGAUCGACAAUUAAGCAUAAUAUAGUAGAAAAAUUACCUGUUAUUAAUACACAAACGACUGCACUUUUUAAUAUGAUAUCAAGUGCUGUAAAAACGAAAUCGUUGGAAGUAAGAGAUAAAGUUAAAGAUUAUAUAGCUCAUACAUCAUUAACGGAAUCAACUCAUCCAGUAACCAGGCAUGUUAGUAAAGAAGAUAAAGUUGAUAAACUUUAUCGACAAAAAACUCCAGCAUCAGUUUUUUCGCUUGAUGACGAAGAUGAUAAUGAUGAACAUACAUCAUCAUCAAAACAACAUGAUGCACAUGAAUUUGUUGAUAUUGAAUCAUGGUUUCUUCGUAGUGAUAUGUUAUAUAAAUAUGAAUGUGAACAUUUUGAUGAACAUAAUCAAACACAUCCAAGGUAA